AUGGCCUGCCUGGCGGCGCUGCGGUGCGCUCACGACCCGGCCGUCACCAACGCCGUCAUCAUGAACACCAACGGGCCUCCGGAUUUGCUGCUGGACCCUCCGUCGACGUUUAUCUACGUGGAACACGUCACCCGACGCGCGGCCCCCCGGCGGGGACCUCCCCAGGCGGCGGACGGCGGCCCGGCAGCGGCUCAGAGGUUCCGGUCCUUGCCGCGGAGACCGGCCGUGGACAUCCACUUCAGGGACCUGGAGUACUCAGUCAGGGAGGGACCCUGGUGGAGGAACGACGGUAACAAGAUUUUACUGCGCGGGAUCUCGGGAAAGUUCUCCAGCGGAGACCUGGUGGCCAUCAUGGGACCCUCGGGGGCCGGGAAGUCCACCCUCAUGAACAUCCUGGCGGGCUACAGGGAGACCGGAAUGAAGGGGGAGAUCCUGAUCAACGGCCACCCGCGAGACCUGCGAUCUUUCCGGAAAGUUUCCUGUUACAUCAUGCAGGACGACAUGCUGAUGCCUCACUUGAGCGUGCAGGAAGCCAUGAUGGUGUCGGCCAACCUCAAGCUUCGGGAGAAGGAGAACGCUCGAAAAGAGAAGGUUUGCGAGAUCCUGAUGGCUUUAGGUUUGCUAGACUGCGUCUCCACCAGAACCUCUCACCUGUCGGGGGGACAGAGAAAAAGACUGGCCAUCGCGCUGGAGCUGGUCAACAACCCGCCCGUCAUGUUCUUUGACGAACCCACCAGCGGUCUGGACAGUUCUUCGUGUUUCCAGGUGGUGUCGCUGUUGAAAGCUCUGGCUCGCGGCGGUCGCACCAUCAUUUGCACCAUCCACCAACCCAGCGCCAAACUAUUUGAACUGUUCGACAAGCUCUACGUGCUGAGUCAGGGUCAGUGCAUCUACAGAGGAAAGGUGUCCGCUCUGGUGCCUUACCUGGGAGAACUGGGACUCCGUUGCCCCACCUACCACAACCCGGCUGACUUCGUGCUGGAGGUGGCGUCGGGGGACUACGGGGACCACGCGGCCAGCCUGGUGCGAGCGGCGCACCGCGCCGGAGCGGAGGAGGAAGAGGGGUGGCCCUGCCGCGUCAACGGCAACGCCGGUACGCCGGCCGUGAGGCCGGCUGACGAGGAGCGGUCAUCCGACGGCUGCAGAGGUUUCUCGGCCGGCUGCCCCGCCCAGUUCGCCAUCUUGUUCCGGAGGACCUUCCUCAGCAUCCUCAGGGACUCUGUGCUGACCCACCUGCGCGUGUCAUCCCACGUCGGCAUCGGCGUGCUGAUCGGUCUUUUGUACCUCAACAUCGGCAACGAGGCCAAGAAGGUCCUCAGCAAUUCGGGCUUCCUCUUCUUCUCCAUCUUGUUCCUCAUGUUCGCCGCCCUCAUGCCCACCGUUCUGACCUUUCCGCUGGAGAUGUCUGUACUGCUGAGGGAGCAUCUCAACUACUGGUACAGCCUCAAAGCCUUCUACUUGGCAAAGACCAUGGCUGACGUCCCCUUCCAGGUCGUAUUCCCGGCGUUGUACUGCAGUAUCGUGUACUGGAUGACGUCUCAGCCGGCAGACGCCACUCGCUACUUUCUCUUCCUGUCGCUGGGGGUCAUGACCUCCCUGGUGGCUCAGAGCCUGGGACUUCUGAUCGGAGCGGCCUCCACUUCCUUGCAGGUGGCGACAUUUGUGGGUCCGGUGACGGCCAUUCCGGUUCUUCUCUUUUCCGGCUUCUUUGUGAGCUUCGACACCAUUCCGUGGUACCUCCAGUGGAUGUCCUACAUUUCCUACGUCAGGUACGGUUUCGAGGGCGUGAUCCUGUCCAUCUACGGCCUUCACCGUGAGGACCUCCACUGCGAUCGCCAGGAGACCUGCCACUUUCAAAAGUCGGACGCCAUCCUGAGGGAAUUGGACAUGACGGACGCGCAGCUCUACCUGGACUUUGUCAUCCUGGCCGUCUUUUUCUUUGCGCUGCGAUUGCUGGCGUAUUUGGUCCUCAGAUACAAGAUCAGAGCAGAAAGGUAG